CCAUGGCAACCCCGGAAGAAGGUACCUGACCGGCCUGGUCUAAUGGUAUAGAGAUAGUGACAAAAAUAGUAGAGAAAUAUGAGCUUGGAGUAGGUAUAGAGAGUCAGGAUUUCACUAAAUGUUACUACUGACUGUUUAGGAAGAACUUGAAGAAUUUGGCUAUAAGUGGGUAGUAGAAGGGAUCACUCUAUACAGAAUUAGGCUCAGAUAUCUACUUCUGUGGAUUUUAUAUACGAGAGAAUGGAGUUUUUAUGAUAUCCGUAAGCUUUUACGUAGCAUUAAGACCAAAGUGAAGACUCUACAGGAAAGGAACCCAAAUGAGGAUUAUCUUCCAAUAAUUGAUAGAAUAAAGGACGUAGUAAAAAUGAUGGCUAAAUUAUCCAAGAAUGACCAAAUACUGUAUUUCCCAUCACAAUUUGAGCUGUUCCCUGAUGUCACAGAUGAAACUAUCGAGCAAGUUUAUUAGUAAGUUUUGGGAAUAUUCUAGCGAUAACUUACCUAACCAAGAGACUUUGGAGAAGGUCAGGCAACAUCUUUCAUGCAUCCAGAGAAUAGCUAAAAACUGGGUUAAAAAUUGAGAAAUCAGGCCAUAUGGUUCGAUUACUAAUGGGUUCUUAUCAAAAGACACUAGUGAUUUCGAUCUGACUUGUCUCUUCAGGAAUAAAUUGUACAAGCACCCUCAUUUAUAUUCAAAAUAAUUUGAGAAAAAUGCUAGACUCAGAGUACGGAGAAGGUUCAUGGAGUUAUAUAUGAACUCCUCGGCUUUACCUCCUCACAACUCAGCUUGAGGACGGAACUGAAAUUGAAAUAACUUUCAACAACAUCACUGGACUUCUUAACAGUGAAUAUGUCAGAACUUUGGCUGAGAUCGAUUCCAGAUUCCACAAGUUAGGCUACUUCAUCAAGCAUUUUGUCAAUUCAAGAGAAAUCUUUGACUUAAAAUAAGAAACUGAACUCAUUUAGCCUGAUAUGUAUGCUGAUUGUGUUCUUACAAGAUCAAUGAAAUCCUCCAGUAUUGCCUAGGAUUAUCCAGAAGAGCUCUUCAAUAGUCAAGAAAGAAAUGGUGACUGCUUCAUACACCAAAUCUAUAGGUGAGCAACAAGAGCAGUAUCUUCCAGAGUAUGCAGCGAGAGUGAAUACACUAGAUGCUAACUUUGAGUUUGAUCAUAAAGAGAUCCAGACUUUCAUGAGUGAAGAAAUUAACCAGGAAUCAGUCUCUCAGCUGUUCAAAUAGAUUCAUCCACUUUUACUUUUGUGGAGGAGGAUUUGACCCUGUCCAUGAUGUUGUAAACACAAGAACAGGCAGGAUUGAGAAAAUUAAAGCCAAUAAAAAGACUCUGAACCCUAAAAUCAGAGUUAAACUACAAGAUGCAUGUAUUGCUGUGAUGGAUCCCUUUGAUAUGUCAUACUGCCCUUCGGCUAACUUUGAGCUAAAAUCAUAUCGCAAAGGCGACUCUAUGAUAGAGAAAUUGAUCCAAUUUAUCCACUAAAUUUUGAAACUAUCCAAUCUAAACAAC